AUGCCCGUCCCCUCCGCUGCCACCGCAAACGCCGACGACGACGACGACGAAGCAACCAGCCAUCACCCCCACCACCACCACCACUCCUCCGCACCGCCGCCACCACGGCCACCACCACCCUCGCCAGGCACUCGCAACAGCACCACCGCGCCCCCUCCACCCCCACCACUCCCUCCCCAUCCCUCAUCAACCACGUCUUCAUCAACAUCCAUCCGGCCCCUCCCGCCGCAAACCGCCCGCGCCCUCCGCUCGUCCCUCACCAUCGUCGACCCGGCCUCGGCCGUCAAAGAGCUCGUCGACAACGCGCUCGACGCGGGCGCCACGUCCGUCGGCGUCGAGGUCUCGGGCGGCGGCACCGGCGCCGCGGGGCUCGACCUGGUCGUCGUGCGGGACAAUGGCCGCUCGGUGCCGCCGGUGGGCGAGGAUAGGGUGUUGCUUGGGAGGAGGCAUUGUACGAGUAAGGUGAGGUGGGGGGCUGGGUGUGCUGGGGAGAUGCAGAUGGUGGGGGGGUUGGGGGAGGGAGGUGGUGGUACGAGUGGUGGUGCUGGUGGUGGUGGUUCUGGUGGGAAUCCGGCGGUGCUUGGGUUUAGGGGGGAGGCGUUGGCGAGUUUGGUGGAGGUGUGCGAGAAGGUGGAGGUGACGGUGAGGUGUGAGGGGGAGAGGGUGGGGGAGGUGUUGAGGUUGGGGAGGGAGGGGGAGGAUCUGCAGGGCGUGGCGCCGAGGAAGGUUGGGGCGCCGGUCGGGACGACGGUCAGGGCGGAGGGGUUCUUUGAGAGGUGGCCUGUGAGGAGGCAGGCGGCACUGAAGGAGGCGGAGAAGGGUGGUGGUGGGGGCGGGGUGAUGAGGAGGAUCAAGGGGCUGUUGCAGGGAUACGCGCUCGCGAGGCCGGCUGUUAGGUUGUCGUUGAAGGUGGUGAAGGGAAGGGGGAUUAAGAACGGGAAGGAGGGAGGGUGGACUUAUGCGCCGAAGCCGGGGUUGGGGCUGGGUGGUGGGCGGGAGAGGGUGGCGGAUGCGGUGUUGAAGGUCGUCGGGAAGGGCGCAGCGGCGCAAUGCAUAUAUGCUGCCCAGGAGCUGAACGGAUACCGGUUUGAGGCUUUCCUACCAAGGGCGGACGCGGAAGGCAAGGAAAUUUCCGGACUUGGCCAGUUUCUUUCUGUCGACGCGAGACCGGUUUCCACAGCUCGUGGAACCCUGAGCUUGAUCGCAAAGGCUUUCAGGGACAGGCUGAAGAAGGCCAACCCAGCUCUGGAGAACGUGAAGGAACCUUUCCUGAGAUUGGAUAUUGGGUGUCCGCCUGGUAGCUACGAUCCGAAUGUGGAGCCGUCAAAGAGCGACUUACUGUUCGAUGAACCCAAGGCUGUGCUCAGUGCCCUGGAGGACUUCCUGGACAUUUUCUACUCAUCGGCUGGUCCGCAAAUGGAAACAGCUAAAAUACACGAAUCCAAAGUUCCGACGCAGCGAGAGAUAUCCCUGGUUGAGGAUACAGUCACAGCGCCUGAUUCAGAAGCUCAGAAGAGUGACGACGAUGUGACGACGUACAGUGACAUAUUUGAUGAAUUUGUCAUGAUCCCGGCCACGGAUGUGGCCCAUCCGCCCGCUUCUUCGGACUCUAUCGCCGCUACUCUUCGCAGUAAUACGGAGAUGGAAGAUGUUGAGGAUCCACGGCCAAAGCGAAGGCGCACAUGGAAGUCCAACAUGUACGAUUUUGAUGAAGAUGAUGUUCUCGUUGACGAUGGCAAUGGAGAUGCACAAGGCAAUCCGGACGUGGACCUUGCAGAUGAGGACACUGAAGAGGCUAUGGGCCAUGUCACUGUGUCCAAUCCAUGGACAAUGGCGAAGAUGAACGCCAAGAUCCCAAAACCGAGCGUGGCAAGCAGUCCAGAGGUCGCUCACAUGCGGAAGCAGAAUACGGAGCCUCAGCUUGAGCUACCGACAAGCACACCUCCCGAAUCUCGUAUCUCACUUGGUGGAGCUUAUCUGCCAACACCGCAGGCAUCGUCUCCCAACUACGGCCAAAGUGCCAGUGUGGCCCGUUGCGGAGGCUUUGGUGGAACGAACUUGACACAAAGUCCGGCCACUCCGAGUGCAACCUUCGCUAAAUCCCCUAACAGUCACCUACCGUUUCCACAGAACUCUUCUCGUCAAGUCGACGAUGAUGGAUUCGUUCCUGUGCCGCCACAACCAGUGGGUGGUGGAACUGUUAACUCGGCUAAGACAGCGACUCCGAAGAGGUCACGUCUUGGAGGUCCUGGAAAUGCACGGUCUGGCCGUAGAGGAAUCAACAAGCCGUUCAAACCUCCGAUCAACCCCGAAAGAGACAGCUGGUUCUCAUAUACGCCAUCACAGCGACCAAAAAGAUCAACAGUGUUUCUAAGGAAGAACAAAAUUCCUGCAGCAGGUGGGGAUGACGCGCGUAAUGAGUAUGUGAUGAGCGGUGGGGCAGAUGGUGGUGGAUUAUCCGACGGUCACGAUCGUGAUAUUCGGCAUUGGAUGGCCUCAAACACCACACGUGUCGGUAGGACGCAGUCUGAUAACGGACCAGGCAUUCACGAAGAUGCUGCAUCUAUUCAAGACAGUAGUGUCGCCUCUGAAGAGACUCGCCCAGCCCUCCAGCAGAGAUUGCCGGCAACCCCAGAGGAGCUUCGUAUCCGCAACUUUGAUUUCAACAUGAAAGCGCCUGCACCGUUCCCGCGUAUCACGCAGAGUAGACUCACAGUGCAGAACCGACCGUCAGCAACGUCCCAGAGGGACGAAACGGAAGAGCACACACGGCAGGAGACAGCUGACACCGCUGCCACCGCCCAGCCACUCCGUCGUAGCUUUCGUCGCCAUGCAGCAGCCCGGCCGCCCCCUAUCGUUGAGAAAGCUCUCUAUGCUAACGAAGAAAUCGCCAAACAGCCUCUGCAGUCUCAUCCACAGCUUGGCCAGUCUGAACGCCAGCAGCAGCAACACUCCGGCACCGGCACCGGCUUGGUUCCUCUACGCCGUCUCUCCACUCGUCAGCAAUCCCGUCGUCGCACAACAUCCAGCUUGCCGCUCGAGCGCGUGCCCGACGGAGCUCAGAUGCAGAAUGUAGCGCUCAUCAUUCUCUCUUCGGCCGCCGCGGCGCUUUCUACCAAAAGGACCACCUAUUCAGCGCUGCAGGAAGAUGAUGUCGCUCUGUCGUGGGGCGCUAGUGGGGAUCUAAAAUCUCCGUUUGCCAAAGCCGGUGACGACGAUGUGACGGCCUAUACAGCGGUUGUGCAGAGCUGGGCCGAUCGACUUGGGAAUUUGCUGAUGCGGUUCAGGCUUGAUGGUGUCGAAGGUCAUGGUGUGGAGUUGCGGCAGGAUUUGAGCUUUGUGCUCAUGGAUGCAGUGGAGCGGUACAGGAGGGGGCAAGUCAUGAUGGAGGCUUCGUGA